UGCUCUGCGGCCUCGCGGUUGGAGCGAGGCUGCGCCCCCUUUUCUUUUAGGAGGACUUUUUCUCCGUCGCUCUCACUCGCCUGCUCUUGAAUUUCCACUCUGUGGUAAAGGACCAGUGCGAGCGAGGGCUGAUUGGCCCAGGAAGUCCCCAUGCCUGCGGCGGGUCACCUGCGCGGCUCUGCCGCCAGCCCCGGCGCGGUUGCGGAUUACCGCGCCUCCGCGCCCCUGCCGCGGCCGGGUGGCCGCGGGUAGUGUCGGCGCCGCGGCCGCGGGCCCCUCCGGGGCAAGCCAUGGAGCCCGGGUCCCCGCUAGACCUGCGCGACGUCGAGCAAAAGCUGGGGCGCAAAGUGCCCGAGAGCCUGGCGCGGCCUCUGCGCGGGGAGGAGCUCGCGGAACGUCCCGCCACUGCCGCUGCGGCCCCUGGGCCCCGGCGCCGCCGCGCCGCCGCCCUGGCCCGGCUGGAGGCAAAAGUUCACCUCCUGAGGCAGGAGAUGGUUAAUCUCCGAGCCACUGAUGUGAAGCUUAUGCGCCAGCUACUCAUCAUCAAUGAAAGUAUUGAAUCAAUCAAGUGGAUUAUUGAAGAGAAGACCAUUGCCAGCAGAGGUAGCAGUUUGAGUGGCAGCCUGUGCAGCUUGCUGGAAAGUCAGGAGACAUCCCUCCAUGGCAGCUGUAACAGUUUACAAGACUGUAGUGAUGGGCUGGAUGGAAUAUCUGUGGGGAGUUAUUUGGACACCUUAGUGGAUGAUGUCCCAGGUCACAACACUCCUUCAGACAUGGACAAGUUCAGUGAUUCUUCUAUUAUGGAGGACUCACAGCCUCUGCAUAAGCAUCCCAAAAUUGAUUCUGAUGAGUACUACUGUUUUGGUUAAUGAGAAUACAUUCCAGAGGGACACAAAUGCACUUGUACUUAAGCUUUUUCUUUGCUGCUAUUUUAUUUUGUGUGCAAGCCUCCCAAACUUCUCUUGGAAGUAAAACAUAAUAUGAUACUUCAAUUCCACUUCAUAACUUGUCUAUUGCUUCUAAUACAUUUUCUCCUUGGUGGGUUGGGCUUUCCUCCUACUUCUGUUUUUCUUAAUUUAUUGUUGCAAUUUUUCAUUUUUGUUUUAAUUUUUUUACAAUGCUAUAUUUACAGGUCUUUGUAAGUGGUGAAGGUAAAGCUUUAUCUUUAAAAUGAGACAUCAGGGGAUAAGAUCAACAAUUUUGUAUUUGUUGGUAAUAAAAUAUCUUCUAAUAAAUAUAUGUUGUGGUAAAUUUUCUUGACUACCAGGGUUGGCCUUUCCAGUGACACUGUUCUUUCUGAGCCUUAAAUCUGAACCUUGAAAAUACCUCUUCAGAAUAUAUUUUCCUUUUGUUAUCAAUGAUACUUGAUUCUGUUAAGCUGUCUUUGGUUGGAAUACAAAGUAUCCUAAACUUUUCUAUGUGAAGUUUCUUUCUUCUUGAAUAUUCUUACCUUUGUUGAGUUACUGUUUUAAAUUUUGGGCUUCAUUGGUGUCUUGCAGUGUUGCAUUCCAAUACUGGAAACUCUGCGUAAGAGUGUAUUUCAGUUUUGUGUUUCACACCUUUCAUUUUCAUUGAACCUCCUGUGUUGUAGGUGCAGUCUAUAUCUGUUAAAAAAAAAAAAAAAAAGAGAAGAA